AUGGUUUAAACUUGUUGCCGAAAAUUCCGACUAAAAACUGGGAUUCAGAUCAUAUUUGCCAUUGAUAUUUCUGCACUCUUUUUCUACCUCGCAAACUUCUUGGUAGUCAUUAUGAUUAAGAUUGACACUGCUUUUAUAAGAAGCCAGAUCAAUUAAGAGAUGCAAAUAUAAAUCUAGUCAGGUAAUAAGAACAUCAUUAGCCUUGAGGAAGCUGAAAAAUUGGCUGAAAUAGCAUUAAGUUUGAUAAUAUUCUCAGGAAUCUUACAGAGUGUAUUCCAUACUUGCCGAGUUGUAGGAUUCAUAUUAAUGAGAUUUUUCUAUGAUUAAUUCGAGAGAAGAAAGACUUGCUAUAGAAUCAGAAUCAUAACCGCCGUUUCUCAAAUAAUUCUUGUGGGUACUAAUUUACUAGUAAAUGGCAUUUUUAUGUACAAGAGUUAGGGGGCAACCUCAUUCAUUAGCUUCCCUGCAAUUUGUGUUUAUAGUUCUAUUCUCACUUAUAGCCUUGCUCUUGACAUUUACUUUAGCUGUGUUUACAAGAGUUACUAUUUGAAAUCAAAAAGCAAAGAUAAACAUUACUACCAGAAAAAAAUUGCCUAAUAGAAAAUUUAAUCUGCUCAGAAUAAUAGGCAUCCUUAAACAAAUGCAACGCUCAACUAUCUUCAGAGCAUAUUUGCUGGUGCUCUCAACACCUCUGAAAAUUUAGACUAGAGCUAUAAUUCUAAUGAUAGCAGUCCUUACAAGAACUAGAAUGAUGACACCUCUGAUAUUGUUUUCUCGGUCAUUGCAUGCCAAACUGAGCAGGAUUAGAGUAUGCAAGGAAAAGAUAUUCAUAUAACAAAUCGUGUGACCUUUGGUCCAGGGAAGAGUAAACAGACAAAAAGAAAUUACGAAGAGUUUUUGGAUGAAUGA